AUUCUCCCGUUCCCACGCCCGACGGCGUCACCACCCUUCCAAAUUCCAGCGAAGGAAGUCAAAACGGAACCGAAUCACAACACCAGGCCGGCCUGAAGAAAGCUACACACCCCAGAGAGGCAGAGAGAGGCCAGAACGGGUGCCAACCCCCGCCGAGAUGGACACGGGCUGCCCCCACCAACCCGGCGACCCCUCCGGCGCCGACGACGCUGCAUCUUCCUCGGCGGCGUCGGCCUCCUCCGCGCGCGGCUGUGCCUCCCGGACCACCCGUCUGCGCAGGGGGGUUCGGCUCCGGCUGCGGCGAAGGCGGCAGGAGCCAACCCUGUCCGCCGGGUCCGGGUCCGGGGGCGAGGGCGGGGGCAGCGCCGGCGUGCAGGACGACCUCGCGCUGCCCCUGGGGAUGUCAUUCGCGGCCGUCCUAGCGCAGGUUGUGAAUACGAAGACUCGCUCAGGGGAAAGAUUACAACCUGCACUCCUUUCGAAGAUCUGUACAUCGGCGGUGAAGGAAUCAUUGAGAAAUAUAUAUGGCGACAAGUUAGACAGUUUUAUGAGAAAUUUCGAGAAAUCAUUCAGCAGCACACUGACGACGCUUCAUCUUGUUAAUGAGAUGCCUGUCUAUGAACAAUGUCCUAUUCCUCAAUGUUCUUUUAAGCAUGAAGACUCUGCAGCUGCAAGCAUGUUGAGCACUGGUGGUCCACAAAAGCCCCCACAGGAAAUCAAGCAGGACAUUUUGAACUCAGUAGAAAAUCAGCUUGUUCUUUAUGCUGGUGGCAAUCAGCAGCUGACUCAUCGCACUCGUGGCAUAUCUUCUACUGAAGCUGAUCAGCGGAUCCUUGAUGCAUUUGAGAGAUCUUUGAAAGAGCAAACCCGUUCAAACGAGCUUAAGGAAUUUGAGAUAGGCCUUAGCAUGAGAAAAAUGCAACUAAAACAGUCUCAACUAGAACUUAACACCUACUCACACAUGUUAGAAAAGAUGAAGUUAUCCUUGGGAUUUCAGAAAGCUUCCUUCCGAGGGGAGAAAUUGAAGAACGAGAUGCAGGACACAAGGCAUGCACAACUACUGAGGACACUCACAGAUUUUCUUGUUAGUGCAGUGAUUAUCAUGUCAGUAUGCUUUGGUUAUGGAACUUAUAUUUAUUCAUACCAAAGAAUAACUGAUAUUACGGCAGCGUGUUCAGUCACUUCGAGGGGAUCUAAAUCAUGGUGGGUGCCAAAUUCAGUGUCAAACUUUAAUUACGGGUUGCUCUUCUUAAGAUGUCAUUUCAUAGCAGCAACACGUAUGGGUUUUGGCAUAGUAAUGAUUGUGGCAGUUGCUUGGUUAGCAUUCCAGCGUUCUUCAGUGGCUGGAACACAUAUGCCAGUAACUUUCAAUUUCAUUCUGUUGGGAGUUAUUUGCGGCUUUGCUGGAAGGUUUUGUGCCAACACUCUUGGCGGUGAUGGGAACAUAUGGCUCAUAUGCUGGGAGGUUCUUUGUUCCAUCCAUUUACUUGGAAAUUGUUAUCCAUCUGUCCUGUACCGAGUUCUUCAUGGUCCUAUAUCAGUAUCUCACACCAAGGAAGUUGUUUGGUUCCCAUAUUGGAUUCGCCGGUGGAUAUUUUAUGCUAUGCUGGGGUUUAUUAUCCCAGCCUUGACUGGCGUCCUGCCGUUUGCUUCUCUUUCAGACUGGCUUAAUCAUUUCAGUCAAGAAGUAAAAUCCAUCUUUGUUGGUGAGGAAAUUGAAGCCUAAAAGAUCUUGGCUGCAAUGAUUGGCAUAGUUAUGCCUUUUUGUGUCAGCUGUGCAAGCAGGUUUUCUGGAGAAGUGAAAGCACUCUCUGAGAAAAGCUUCAGCAAUAAGCAAGGAAAACUUGUUCGAUGGGACUGCACAGUUGAAUAAGGAAGAAAACUCGUUCGUAGUUCUGCAGCAGCAACAGAGCAUAUUGAUCCAACUUAAUGUGCUCCAAUCUUUGGAUAGUUCUCAAGCAGCUACGGAGCAUAUUGAUCGACUCGAGAUUUGUGGAUUUAGGCUUUCACUGUUGUGAUCUUACAUCAAUUGGAUUUCAAGUGCCUCGUUUAGCCAUAGUCCGUAGACUUUUGUCCACCAGUUGGAAACUCUGUCGGUCUAUCAAAAUCCUUUGUUGUAUUUGUUGUGGCUUGAUAAUUUCUUUGGUUUAUAUAGGCAUUCGACGCUUAUUCUAUAUAUGUUUACUGCUUUAGCAAGUUGUGUACUGAAGGAGAUCUCCGGGCAUGAGUGAACUUCUGAAGUUGUACUGAGAAGCUGGUGUUUUCAUCUACUUGCUAAUUUUUACACGCGCCCGAGAAUAUGCA